UUUUCCUGAGAGAUCCAUGGAUAUCUCAGUUUUUUGUAGUUCAUGAAUAGUCGGGGAAGCGUAAUGUCUAUGGGAUUUCGUAAUUUGUUCUCUGGAAUAUUUGAUUUUUUUAAUCCCCUGCGAAGGCAUUAUUCUUUAUAGGACAGUUUAUUUCUGGGGUGAUUUUCUGAGAACGGAGCCCUAAUGAAAUUCUAUUGUUUAUAGGGUUUAGUAGUACCUGGAAGAUGCAGAGGGGAAGAGGAGGUGGUGAUGAUUUAUUUGAUUUCGGCGAUCCUUUCGCUGGGUUUGGCGGUUACGGUGGCCACAGGAAUUUAAUACCUAGCCUCUUCGGGGGAAGAGACCCAUUCGAUGAUCCUUUCUUUAAUCGCCCAUCUGGGGGAAUGUUUGGGCCUAGCAUGUUUGGCCCCAGCAUGUUCGGUCCUAGCAUGUUUGGCCCCAGCAUGUUCGGUCCAAGAGGGAGCUUCUUUGGAGAUGCUCCUGCCUCUGGGUUUGUUGAGCAUGAACCACCUCAGGCCAAUAAAUCAGAAGGGCUAGUUAUCAAGGAGUUAAACUCUGAUGAUGAGGAGGUAGGAGCAGAGGAUGAAAAACUGAAAGCUUUCAAGGAGAAGAACGAUAAUCCAAGGAAACAUUCUAGGUCGAGUAAAGAACCAUAUGUUGAGGACCCAGAUGACGAAGCUGAAGGGAGGAGGAGCAAGCAAAUGCAAUACAAGAAUGACUAUAACAGGGCUGAUAGAGCACAGCCUCAGGCUCGUAGUUUCAGCUUCCAGAGCUCCUCUGUUACUUAUGGUGGUGUUGAUGGAGCAUACUAUACUUCAUCGACAGCCAGGAGGACUGGCAGUGAUGGAGUGAUGAUAGAAGAGAGCAAAGAAGCGGAUACAACAACAGGUCGAGCAACACACAGGAUGUCUAGAGGACUUCAAGAUAAGGGUCAUUCAGUUACAAGGAAGCUUGAUUCAGAUGGUAAGGUGGACACCAUGCAGACCUUGCACAAUUUGAAUGAAGAUGAGCUUCCGGGUUUUGAGGAAUCUUGGCAAGGGAAUGCUAGAAAGCAUUUGCCUGGAUGGAGUGAGGGGUUCAAUAGGCAGGCAAAUACAGGGACUAGCAGCACUGGACCCAACGGUCAGGCAACAAAUGGUGGAUGGGCGCUUCCAUCGACAGGGCAGCAGCAACCUCGAGGUUCUGAGAGGAUGGGAUUUGAUGAUGGGUUCAGGCCAAGCGCCUCCAAGGGAAGAGCUAAGUCAUCCAUUAGGAUCAAUAUAGAUUGAAGAAGGAUUCGACAAGUGGAUGAUUCCUCGGAGAGGUCUCCAAAAUAGUUACUAGCAAAUUGUCUGCUUCUGUAAGCACUUCAUACUUGCAUACUGGGAUGUCCUAGGCAGGUUACGAGCAUUUGGGUCAAUGCCCCAGCAUUAUGGACUGAUAAUAUACCAAGUCAGAAAUAUAUGUAGAACAUUGUCACUUACGUAUUUCUUGUGUGGAUCAUUGUUGAAAUUUUUAUCUUUGAAGCUGGAUUAUAUACCAA